ACAGCACAUCAUCAUCAUAACCAUUUCUUCCAAAGAGUUAAUUUCCAUAUAUCACUUGCUAUAGCUACUAUAAACUCCUCCCCAAUUUGUAUUUCACCUACAUUGUUAAUUCAUUCAAGCAUACAUUAACGAUUACAACAGAAUAUGUCUUUGAAGAACCGUAACGUUGGUCGUAGGGCAUGGAACAUCCUACGACUCUCAUUACUAUGGGCACGUAAAAGUAGUGUGUUUAGGCGGAAGCUAGUUACGGAGCUACGUCUUGUACCAAAAUACUUGAAGAGUUUAGGACACACAAACACACCCACAAAACAGAUUCACUACUUUGAGCGAGAACUUUCCUUUGAUGAGACUCCUAUUUUCAAUGUCAAGAUGUAUCGUCCAUCAUCCAUGCGCUUCCAUCUUCCGUGUAUAAAACCACAUGUUGAUUUUGACUAUGAUUUUAAUGAUGAUGAUGAUGAUAUUGAAUAUGAUAAUGGGAGAAAGAGUAAUGAAUAUGAUCAUGAAUUUUAUAAUCAUGGAGUUGAAGGGUGUGAAGAAGUAGAUGUACAAGGGAUAGAUAAACGUGCUGAUGAGUUCAUUGCUAAAUUCCAUAAGCAAAUGAGACUUCAGAGACAGAUUUCUCUUUUACAAUACAAGGAAACACCAAGCAGAGACACGAAUUGAACAUUCUUUAAUAGAUGCAAAUUCACUUUCUUGUAUUAUUGCAAUCAACUUCAAUUUUUCUUCUUUGAUUUUAGUUUUGAUGCUAUGAUCAAUAGAACUUUAUAGUUUCAUGAAAUGAGGGAGAGAUCAUACUGCGGGAUGUUGUAAAUACAAGGAGCUGUUACAGAGUUCUAGUAUUUACAUUUGUUGUAUUUUUUGUAGCUGUAAUUUCAAUAAAUACUACAGGAUUACUACUUAUUUUUUAUAA